AUGGGUGCCCUCAAGUACCUCGAGGAGCUUUCGAAGAAGAAGCAGAGCGAUGUCGUUCGCUUCCUUCUGCGAGUUCGCUGCUGGGAGCUCCGCCAGUUGAACGUCAUCCACCGCGCCUCGAGGCCCAGCCGCCCCGACAAGGCCCGCCGCCUUGGCUACAAGGCCAAGCAGGGCUAUGUCAUCUACCGCGUGCGUGUCCGCCGUGGUGGCCGCAAGCGCCCUGUUCCCAAGGGCGCCACUUAUGGCAAGCCCACCAACCAGGGUGUAAACCAGCUCAAGUACCAGCGCUCGCUCAAGGCCACCGCUGAGGAGCGUGUCGGCCGCCGCUGCGCCAACCUCCGCGUCCUCAACUCGUACUGGAUCAACCAGGACUCAACCUACAAGUACUACGAGGUCAUCCUCGUCGACCCCCAGCACAAGGCGAUCCGCCGCGACCCCCGCAUCAACUGGAUCGUCAACCCCGUCCACAAGCACCGCGAGGCUCGCGGCCUCACCGCGACCGGCAAGAAGUCGCGCGGUCUCAACAAGGGCCACCGCUACAACAAGACACGCGCUGGCCGGAGAAAGACCUGGAAGCGCCACAACACCCUGUCCCUCUGGAGAUACCGGUAA